GUGACAAACAGAUUUUUAAUCCUUUGCAAAAUAAGUAAAUAAACAAAACCAAUCACCACCACCCCAAACUUUCCAGGAUAUUGAACUGGGCACAGAGCCAAAACUCAAGUGUCAGUCAGGGACUCGGUUCUGGAAUUUGCAGCGAGCUUGAAGCAUGCGCACAGUAAGUGUUCUAGUCUUCUGGAUAAUGUUAAUUACUGACAACCACCCCCUGCCCCCUUUUUGGUUAUUUUUCGCGCCAGAAGAAAGCUACACAAAUGGGCAUUCUAUGAAAAACGAUCAUUAACCGCAACGGUAGUGUGAUUUUAGGUUUAAAAGGCUUCGAGUAUUCUUAGUUAUGAAAGUUGAGGGGCUUUGAGCUCGUAAGUGCACCUUGGAACAGCCGCGCUGUGUGGCCCUCCAGCCGGGCAGCGGUGCCAGCACUCGCGACCCAGAGGCCGCUGAGACCGCUCCGGAACCGAGAUGCGCGUGCAGCCGCGUGCUAACCCGGCCCUUGAGCGGAAGCCCGCCCUUCUCGUGCUCGCGCGGCGCGCGGCCAGGAGCCCCGGGGCCGCGCCGGGACCGAGGGGCGGAGCCGGCGGUCCGGAGCGGGGUGGGCGGCGCAAACCAGUCACUUUCCGCGGAGUCGGCAGCCGCCUCGUGUGCCUCGGCGGCGCUUGAGCGGCAACAGAGUCCUGCGGCGGCGCGCGCGUCCGAGGUGCCCGGAGGCCCAGGUACGUGCGACCCCAGCUAAGCUAGCGCGGGACGGUUGACCAGGCGGUUGCGGCCCCGCUGCCUGCAGCCUGCCGCGGCCUCUGUGACGCGCGGUGCGGCCUCGGGGAACCCGCGGACGGCUGGCAGCAGGGACGGGGCGGGGCGAGCGCGGCGGCGGGGCAGGCGGAGCGGAGCGAGGGGCGGAGCCGGCGGAGGCCCCGCCCCGGGGCCGAGCAGCACGGACGCUACGGAGCAGGCGCGUCCCGCUGCCGCCGCCGCUGCCGCCGCCGCCGCCGCUGCUGCUGCCGCCGCCGCCACCACCGCCGCCGCCGCUCGCCCUUCUCGGGAUCCGCCGCCGCCAUUUGCACGGGAACCCCGGUGACAGGGGCUCGGCGGAGGGGCGGAGGGAGGGGGGAGGGCCUGCGAGCCCCGAGGGCGGGAGCGACGCCGCCGGCGCCGGCCAGGCUCCCUGCGCUACCGCGCCGCCCGUGGCGGAACCCGGGUGGCAGCGGCGGCGGCGGCCGAGGGCGGGCGUGCGCCUGAGGCAGCGGCGGCGGCGGCGGCCCUGCGGGCGGCCGGGAGGGGCGGGGGCAGCGGCCGCCGCCGUUUGAUGGAUCCGAGGAUCGCCUGGUUCCAGCCAGAGCAGCUCGGACCGUCCAAUAGUCUGUGGAUGCAGAUCUGGGAGACGACCCAGGGGCUGAGGAACCUCUACUUCAACCACCACUGUCACAGCAGCGGCGCGAGCAGCGCGAGCGGCGGGAGCGGCAGCGGCCCCGGCAGCCCCGGCGGCACGGCCCCGGCCCCGGCCGGCAUGUUCCGCUCGGGGGAGCGCCCACUGGGCGGCCUCGCCGUGCCCGCGGAGCAGCGGGACUUCCUGCCCCUGGAGACGACCAACAACAACAACAAUCACCACCAGCCGGCGGCCUGGGCACGGCGGGCAUCGGCGGGCCCCUCGGCGUCGCCGGUCCCAUCGGCUCCCUCGUCCCCGCGACCGGCGGCCGCACUCCCCGCCUCCGAGUCUACCGACCCGGCCUCGGGCAGCAGCAACAAGAGGAAACGUGACAACAAGGCCAGCACCUACGGACUCAACUACAGCCUGCUGCAGCCCAGCGGAGGGCGCGCGGCCGGAGGCGGACGGGCGGACGGCGGCGGGGGCGUGUACAGCGGGACCCCGUGGAAGCGACGGAACUACAACCAGGGAGUCGUGGGUCUGCAUGAAGAAAUCAGUGAUUUUUAUGAGUACAUGUCUCCCAGACCCGAGGAAGAGAAGAUGCGGAUGGAGGUAGUGAGCAGGAUCGAGAGUGUGAUUAAAGAGCUCUGGCCCAGUGCUGAUGUCCAGAUAUUUGGAAGUUUUAAAACUGGCCUGUAUUUACCUACCAGUGACAUCGAUCUUGUGGUGUUUGGGAAGUGGGAGAACCUGCCUCUCUGGACCCUGGAAGAAGCCCUUCGGAAACACAAAGUCGCUGACGAGGAUUCCGUGAAAGUUCUAGACAAAGCAACGGUUCCUAUUAUUAAAUUAACAGAUUCUUUUACUGAAGUGAAAGUUGAUAUCAGCUUUAAUGUCCAGAAUGGCGUGAGAGCAGCAGACCUCAUUAAAGAUUUUACUAAGUUACAUCCCAGGGAAGAUGCUUGCAUCCCCAAUACAAACUAUGGUGUUCUCUUAAUAGAGUUUUUUGAAUUAUAUGGACGGCACUUCAAUUACUUAAAGACUGGCAUCCGGAUAAAGGAUGGUGGUUCCUAUGUGGCCAAAGAUGAAGUACAGAAAAAUAUGCUUGAUGGCUACCGGCCGUCAAUGCUUUAUAUCGAAGAUCCUUUACAACCAGGUAAUGAUGUUGGAAGGAGUUCCUAUGGGGCCAUGCAGGUGAAACAGGCCUUUGAUUAUGCCUAUGUGGUAUUGAGUCAUGCAGUGUCACCGAUUGCAAAGUACUAUCCCAACAAUGAAACAGAGAGCAUAUUAGGUAGAAUAAUUAGAGUGACGGAUGAAGUUGCCACGUAUAGAGAUUGGAUAUCAAAACAGUGGGGCUUGCAGAAUAGGCCCGAGCCAUCAUGCAACGGAAAUGGUGUUACCUUGAUAGUAGAUACUCAGCAGUUAGAUAAGUGUAAUAAUAAUCUGUCUGAAGAAAAGGAAGCCCUUGGAAAAUGUAGAAGUAACGCCUCGGAACCUCUUAGUAAACACUCUUCAAACUCUUCAUCAGGUCCAGUGUCCUCCUCCUCUGCCACGCAGUCCAGCUCUAGUGACGUCGAUUCUGAUGCAACGCCAUGCAAAACCCCCAAACAGCUGCUCUGCCGUCCACCCACUGUCACCCGGGUAGGCUCACAGGAUGUCUCCUUGGAGGUCUCUCAGGCAGUUGGGAAAAUGCAGAGCACUCAAACCACUAACACACCCAACAACGCCAACAAAUCACAGCAUGGAUCAGCAAGGCUCUUCCGUUCUUCCAGCAAAGGCUUCCAAGGUACAGCUCAAACCAGCCAUGGGGCCUUGAUGACAAGCAAACAGCAUCAAGGCAAAUCCAAUACUCAGUAUUACCAUGGCAAAAAGAGGAGACACAAGAGGGACGCGCCCCUCUCAGAGCUUUGUAGAUAGUCGGCGCUCUGCGACAGACUGUCUUCUGUGUGCAAUGAUCUCGUGCUCAGGACAGUUGCACAGGGACUCCUGGGACGGCAGGAGCCUCACACUGUUCAGACGUUGAUUUAGCAACUGCGUUUUUUCCCAGCUCGCCACGGAAUGGAUCAUGAAGACUGACAACUGCAAAAACAAAAAGCAAGCAAAAAAAAGGGGGAAAGGCUGCUUAUGUGAUAAGUCAUGUGCUACAACAGGGUCAUUUUAAGAUUUAAAGCUUGAAUGUAAAAUAAAUAUAUUUCUCAUUGGCUUUAUGCAGAGUUAUAGGGGCUAGUGCUCAGUGUGGGUAGCUGACAGGAAGAGAGCAGUGUCAAGGAGAUGGGUGGGCAGGUCAGCAGGAGCAUCUCAUGGGAAGUCAGACUCCGAGGGAAAGGAGUUUGUGCAUGGUUUUUUUUAAAAAAUAAUUUUGCAUAUAUUUGCCAUUUUAUUGUGUGUAUAUAUAGAAGACCAUAUAGGAAAUUGAUAUUUGUAAUAGUGGAUUUGUUAAUACUUUUUACAUAACAUUACUAUUUGAAUUGUAAACAGAUUUUUUUCUCAGGAUUAGUUUGAAGAAUAAUUGAGUUGUCACUCUUAACACAUGCAGGGAAGUGAUUAGCUCUGGUCCUGUCUGUUUUCUUCAGCAUUGAAAUGACUUCAUAGAACCCUUGUGACCUGCUUCAAAAUUCUUUCCUCUCUAAGCAAAAGGUUUAUGGUGGCAAAUGAUGUUUAUUUUAUUUUGUAAAAAAGAGAAAAAUGUACUGUGUACUUGUGUAUACACUGAACAACCUCUAGCUGUCUCUCCGAAUGAACACACCUGCUCUGGAUCCAGUGCUGUUGUCUUCCUGGGCACUGGGCCGUAGCAGGCCUUGUGUGUGUUUCCUAGCAGUCUUUUCUUCCCCUCCCUCCUCUUCUUCCUCAAAGGAAACGAAAGGCCUCCCUGGGCCUGGGCUGUUCCUGUCACAGUGUGGCUGACCUCUAGCUCCACAGCCCUUGUUAGCUCGCAUGCUGGUUCCUCUGACCCUGCGUUCCAUGUGCUUGUGGCGUCCUCUCAUUCUUUCUAGGUUCCUGCUUACUGCUGUGGGAGAGAGUAACUGUAAACAGCUUUAAUGAAAUCAUACUUAUAAAAACUAUUUUCUUAUACUCCACUUUAUGCUUUUGGUAUUGUCGAUCUUUAAAAAUUAAAUGGUCUUUGAUAAUGGAUCGAUUUUUGUAUUGCCUUAUUAAGACCAAAUACUUCUUGUCAUCCCAUUCUUUAUCCUCUCCUUUAAUGGAAUUGCUGUCUUUAAUUAAAACUUUGUAAACACUGGCUUGUUUUAAUCAUCCUGUAACUUAGGCUGUGGUCAGCUACAAGCGCAGAUGUGUAAUCCUGUUACUCAUUGCCAGCUGAGUCUUGAGACUCGGGUGGGGUACUUAACACAAUGCAUCGUACACGCUCUGCUCGCUCGCUCGUCAGCAGAGUGGUCUUGGAGGUGAAAGCCCUCGUGUCUAGCAUCAGUGUGUGUGUGUGACUCUGUUCAGUACGGCCGUUUCCGAGAUGGGAUUCUUUUAUAUGUGUAUGUGUGAAGUACUGUUGGCAUUUAGGCAUUUCUUUUCUAUACACUUAGGAAAUACUGAAGACCAAUCAGACCAUUAAUGGACACUUAGUGCAACUUUUUAUAAUGAGAAUAAUGCUAUAAAGUAAGACCAAAACCGGUGUCAUCACUGAAAUUAACAAUUUUCAAUAUGUUCAUAUUUUAAUUUACAAUGGGAAAAAAUGUGUUCCACAACUGGAAACUCACAGUACUGUGUAAACUGUGUAAGAUUUUAAAUGUGAUGUUAUUUUGACUGUUCUCAAUUUUAGAGUCACAUUUUAUUCUGAUCAGAAUUUUUAUCAAGAUGUUGAAGUUUUGUUGUUUUGAAACUAGUUUGUCAUAACAUAUUGUGCAUAAUCACAGUAUUUAUUUUGUAGGGCUUGUGGAUGUGUAGACUUAUGUUUACUGCUAAGGGAACAAUUAUUUAUAAAAAAAAUAUUAAAUCCAGUAUUAGCUGCCUAUUUCAGACACUUAACACCUGCAGAGAUCUGUGUUACAUUUACCACACUGAAGUUUUUUUAAAGAAUCACCCUCAUUGUUGAAAGUAAAUGUACUCUUAGGUGGGUUAUUAGUGUCCAAUAAGCAUGUGAUUAUAUUAAGGUGGUGGUAGCGGGAAGAUAAUCUUGAUUCCAUUGGGAAUCUUAGGUUUUCGUAAAUUUAUUGGGAAAAUAGUUUUUCCUGUACUGCUGAUGUUUCUUUUUGGUAAACAGUAUCUUUCUAAAAGAAAAAGCAUGAAGGAGAAUUGAGGUGUGUAUACAUUUCCCCAGAUGACCAGCAUUGUAUUCGUGAAUACUGUGUAUCUGGAAUGAGCAGUGUGCAAGCUGUUCAUUUUUCAAUCUGAAGUAAAAUACUUUCAAGAACUUUUA